AUGGAAGACUAAUUUUCUGAAGAUUAUCACUUAUCUCUUCAGUAAGGUUUAAUUCUUUAUAUCUUUAAGCAUCUGCUAGGCUCUCUGAUAGAUUUCAAGAUAAAUUUAAACCUUAAUCAAUUUUACUUGAUUAAAAUCCUGUCCCAAACAAAAAUACAGAUACAUCUCAAUUAUAAGCAUGGGAAUCAGUUUCUGAAACACCAUUUAAAGAAUCUCUUUAAUAAUAAUAAUUAAAUGGCAUUAAUUUAAGAAAUUCCUUAGUAUUGCAAGUAAUCUAUAAUUAUUAUUAUAUAGAAUCGAACAAUGACUCAUAUCCCUACAGUCAAAAUAAUAAAAUAAAUGAUAAAUAGAAAUAAGCUACUUUUAGAAGCCAAAGAUAAGCUAAUGAGAAUUGGUUAUAUUUAUCCAAAAAAUUAAAAAACAAAUCUGAUUAAUUUUCUUAAAGAAAAUUAUUUGGGAGACUUAAAUAAGGAUCAAAUAAGAAAAUAAAUUUUUUUUGAACCAAUUAAAAUUAAACUUCCAACCUUUAGUCCAACCAGCAAAUUUAUUUUAAUUUGGCAAAUAUUUAGAAUUAUUUAAAUAAUGUUUUUAUUAUGGUGGGUUCCAUUUAAAAUUGCUUUCACACCUGAGGGUUCUACUGAUAUUUAGAAUAUCGAACAAACCUUAGUUUACUUUAUGAUUUUUGAUUUAAUUAUUAAAUUAAAUGUUGGAAUUAUUGAUCAGGGCCAAAUUAUGAAGGAUCGCCUUUUCAUCCUUCUUUAUUAUAUCAAAUAUGAAUUGUAUGAAGAUAUCAUUUACUUAAUUACUUUAAUAAUAAUUAUAAGAGAAUAGCCUAUUGAUACAUAUCUAAUCAAAGAAAUUAUUGUUUUAACUUAAUUUUCACUUAAUUUCUUUAAAUUAAAGAAGAAAAUAAAAACAUAUGAAGAAACUUUGACAACCUAAUCCACUCUUAUUGAACUUGCUAAUUUAUCUUAAUUAAUUAUUGUGAUAUUUUAUUUUGCUCAUUUUAUGGCUUGUGUUUGGUACUAUGUAGGUAUUAAAAGUUUGGAUUAAUUUAAUGAAUCUUGGAUAAUCAAAUAUAAAUUAAUUGAUGCUCCUAUAUCUUAUUGUUAUGGAUAUUCAUUCUAUUGGGCCACAGCUACAAUGGUUACAGUUGGUUAUGGAGAUGUUACUGGAUAAAAUAUAUAUGAAGUUCUUUGUUCAAUUAUAUUAAUGUUUUUAGCCAGUGGAAUAUUUGCAUUUUCAAUAAAUUCCAUAGGUUUGAUAUUUAGUACUAUUGAUACAUAAUAAUAAGUAUUCAAAAGAACACUUUUAUUAAUCAAUCAUUAUAUGUAGUUUAAUGAAGUUUAAUUAUCAUUGUAGAGUAGAAUAAGAAAUUAUAUUAAAUAUUUUUUUGAAUAAGAAAAAUAAGGAAGUAAAAAUGAAAUUGAUGUUGUCUUAAAUUAAUUAUCAAAUAAUUUAAGACAAGAACUAUUAUAAGAUGUACAAUUAAGAGUACUAAAACAAGCAGAUUUUUUUAUUAAAAAUUUCUCUGAAUCAACAAUUAGAUUAAUUGCUGAUCAUGUAAAAUUUUAGUAAUGUACACCAAAAGAAUUGAUUUAUAAAUAAUAAACUAAUGAUGACAAAUCCAUUUAUAUUAUUUAAAAGGGGGAAAUUUAAUUGAUUGAUGAUAAUUCAGGUAAGAUAAUGAAAAUUUUUACAAAAGGAUAAAGUUUUGGAGAAUUAGAAUUUUUAUCAUAAUAAACUAGAUUUUGUAGUGCAUAUAGUGUUACAUUUAGUUAAUUAUAUAAAAUUUCUAGAGAAGAUUUUCUAAACCUAAUAAAGGAUAAUACAAUAGACUAUUAAAAAUUUUAACAAAUGAAAGAUUAAGUUUAGUUAAAAUAUGAAAAUGAAUAAUUUAAAUGUUAUGCUUGUGAGUAAAGCCACCUUAUUUGGGAUUGCCAUUUUUUAUUUUACAAACCAAACAUUGAAGUUUUGGUAAAGAAAUCUUUAUUCCAUACUGAAUAAAAACGAACAAAUUUUAGAAGAUCUGAAAAAAGAUUUUUGAAUAUUUUACACAAAAGUAUCGAUAAUGAAGAUUCAAAUGAAUAAACAUAGAAGAUUGCUUCUCUUCCUUCUGAGACUUCUUCUUAAAAUUCUUCAUAAGAUAGUCAUAAAAAUAAUACAAUAGAGGUAGAAUAAUAAAAAAUUAGAGAUUCACUUCAAAAGCUUGGAUAAUAACAUUAAUCAAGAAAAAGUUCAGCAUAAAGUAAAUAAGGAUAAAUAGUUAUAGAAGAACUUAAUUUUAAUUUAAAUAAAAGAUUAUCAAAUCGUUAAAGUGUUAGAUACACUGAAAUUGAUACUCCAAUGACAUCAAAAAGAAAAUCUAUCAAUUCUAUAUAUCCUAUGGAUGCUAAAAAUUCUGUAUCUGCUCCUUAAUUAGCUCCAAUAAAAGAGGAUAUUAAAAAGGAAAAUAAAGAUUAUAGUUAAAAUCUAAAAAGUUUUCAUUAAUUAGAUGAAAUUAUAGAUAACAAAUAUUAUAAUGAUGAAAUUGAUUCUGUAUUUUCAUUUUAAUAUUACUUUCCACAUAAUAAUGUUGAAAAAGUUUUAUAAUAGUAACAAAGAUUUCAAAAGCAGUUUAGAUAAAAAAAAGUAAAAGUAGUAAAGAGCAAAUAUAUGUUUCAUAAAAUUGCCAAAAUAACAAAAUAAAAAUAAAAUAAACAUAAGAAAGAUUAAGCAUCAGUUAAUUCAUUAAUAAUAAGAGAAAAUAUAUGA